UCCUCACUCCUCAGUGCGGGCGGCUGUUCCUUCUCUCUGGCAGACUGAUGCUGCUCCGGCUGGGCUCUCGCUGAGCUGAAUGAGCGGGGAUAGGACAAGCCAGGGGAGUACCUGAGCCGGCUCAGUCCAGGAAUGUUUACUCUCUCAGAGGUUGCAUCAUUGAAUGAUAUACUACCUACGUACCGUAUUCUGAAGCCAUGGUGGGAUGUAUUUAUGGAUUAUUUGGCUGUAGUUAUGCUGAUGGUUGCCAUUUUUGCUGGCACCAUGCAAAUAACCAAAGAUCAGGUUGUUUGCUUACCGGUACUGGAGUCGGCUGUAAAUUCAAGGACGGCACAGUUGUUAUCAAGUGAGAACAGCCCUCCGGUUUCUUCAAAAUUUGAAGAGACUGCAACUGAGGCCAAAGAAAAGUGGCAAGUGACUGGACCUCUUGGAGCAACAGAGCCUUCAGAGACAUUUCCAACAAAACCAACAUUUUCUCCCACAAACUCAGGUAAAUCUUCAGGACAACCGCUCAAUAAAGAUGAACAGAAUCCAAGAGGGAGAAAAACAAAUCUGGAUUAUCAGCAGUAUGUAUUCAUAAACCAAAUGUGUUACCACGUUGCCCUCCCAUGGUACUCCAAGUAUUUUCCUUACCUUGCUCUUAUCCACACUAUAAUUUUAAUGGUAAGCAGUAACUUCUGGUUUAAAUAUCCAAAGACUUGCUCAAAAAUUGAACAUUUUGUGUCUAUACUCGGCAAAUGCUUUGAAUCUCCUUGGACAACAAAAGCACUAUCUGAGACUGCAUGUGAGGAUUCUGAGGAGAACAAGCAGAGAAUAACUGGUGCACAUUCCUUUCGUAAGCAUCUCUCCAGCAGUAGUGAAGAAGGAAGUCCCAGUCCAAGCACUCCUAUGAUAAACAAAUCUGGGCCAAAAUUUUCAGCGGACAAACCUGUAUUGGAAGUUCCUGGUAUGACCAUUUUGGAUAAAAAAGAUGGUGAACAGGCUAAAGCCCUUUUUGAAAAGGUUCGAAAAUUCCGCACCCACGUAGAAGACAGUGACCUAAUUUAUAAACUCUAUGCUGUUCAAACUGUCAUUAAGACUGUAAAGUUUAUUUUCAUUCUUUGCUACACCCUAACGUUUGUUACAGCUAUAAGCUUUAAACAUGACUGUAGCCCAAACGUUGAGCACCUUACAGGCUAUCUGGAAUUUGAGUGCACACACAACAUGGCAUUUAUGCUAAAAAAGCUUUUGGUUAGCUAUAUUGCUCUUAUUUGUGUUUAUGGCCUUGUCUGUUUUUACACAUUGUUUUGGCUGUUUAGAAGGCCAUUAAAAGAAUAUUCAUUUGAAAAAGUCAGGGAAGAGAGCAGUUUUAGUGACAUUCCAGAUGUAAAAAAUGAUUUUGCAUUCCUUUUACAUAUGGUGGAUCAGUAUGAUCAAUUGUACUCCAAAAGGUUUGGUGUGUUUUUGUCAGAGGUCAGUGAAAAUAAGUUGAGAGCGAUUAGUUUAAACCAUGAAUGGACAUUUGAAAAACUCCGGCAGCACAUUUCCCGGAAUGCUCAGGAUAAGCAAGAGCUGCACCUGUUUAUGCUUUCUGGAGUACCAGAUGCAGUCUUUGAGCUCACUGACCUUGAAGUCCUGAGACUUGAGCUGAUUCCUGAGGCUAAAAUUCCAGCUAAAAUAUCUCAGAUGACUGCACUUCAAGAGCUCCAUUUGUACCACUGCCCAGCAAAAGUUGAGCAGACAGCAUUUAGUUUCUUAAGAGACAACUUAAAGUGCCUUAAUGUGAAGUUCACUGAUGUGGCUGAAAUUCCUGCCUGGGUGUAUUUACUUAAAAAUCUGCGUGAAUUAUACUUGAUGGGGAACUUGAACUCUGAAAACAAUAAGAUGAUUGGGCUGGAGUCUCUAAGGGAGUUGCGACAUUUAAAAAUUCUGUAUGUUAAGAGUAACUUGACAAAAAUCCCAUCUAACAUUACAGAUGUUGCACCCCAUCUAACAAAACUAGUAAUUCAUAACGAUGGUACUAAACUUGUUGUACUAAACAGCCUUAAGAAGAUGAUGAAUGUAGCAGAGCUGGAACUACACAAUUGUGAACUGGAGAGAAUUCCCCAUGCCAUUUUCAGCCUCACCAACUUGCAGGAGUUGGAUUUGAAAUCAAACAGCAUACGUACUAUAGAGGAAGUCAUCAGCUUCCAACAUUUAAAACGCUUAACUAUCUUAAAACUGUGGCACAAUAAAAUUGUGAAUAUUCCUCAAUCCAUUUCUCAAGUGAAAAAUCUGGAGUCAAUUUAUUUGUCUAACAACAAGCUUGAAUCCCUUCCUGCGGCACUCUUCCUUUUACAGAAACUGAGAUUUUUAGAUAUUAGUUACAACUGCAUUAGCAUGAUCCCCCUUGAAAUUGGUUUGCUCCAGAACCUUCAGCACUUCUACAUCACUGGGAAUAAGGUGGAUGUCUUGCCAAAGACUCUGUUCAAGUGUCUCAAAUUAAGAACUUUGUGUUUGGGACAAAACUGUAUAACAUCUUUGCCAGAGAAGAUUGGACAUCUGCUUCAGCUUACGCAUUUGGAACUAAAGGGAAACUGUUUAGACCGUUUGCCCCUUCAGAUCAUUCAGUGCCGUCUUCUAAAAAAAAGUGGGCUGGUUGUGGAAGAUCAUCUUUUUGAUGCUUUACCUUCUGAAGUUAAGGAAGCUUUAAAUCAAGAUACAAACACCACCUUUGCUAAUGGAAUAUAAUUUGAUGUGGAUUUUGUUCUUCUGGUAAGAUCCCUUUUAGUGAGAUGACAUCAUCUUCAUACACCAUGAUAUCACUCCGCAAUAUGGGUACAGUGAAGCAGCAGUGUGGCAUCAAGACAUAUAGUAGGGUCUGGAGACUUUUACUGACAAACCCUAGUGAUGGGCAACAUUAAGGAUUUUGACAGUGGACCAUUUGUCUUUUUUUGUAUUUUGUUUUAAUUCAACCAACAUACAAAGCACUUUUUUUUUUUUUAAACAUGAUAUUACGUGAUUAAUUUUGGGUGAAGGAAAUUUUCCCUUUUGGUAUUAAAGACCAAAAAAUGAUUUACAAAUUAUUUCUGAUUGACAUGCAAUAUAUACAUUUUUUGUAUUUUUAGGAUUUUGUAAGAAUUAAAACAUUAUUUUAUUGUUUUAUGUGAAUUUACAGACUGUUCUGACACAGAAGUUUGUAGUAAGGCUUUAUCAUUUGUUACAUUUGCUCAUUUCAUAAGACGUUUAGAUUUCUGAAUUUCAAAAAUGUACAGUGACACCAAAGAAAAUUCAGCAUAUUCUAACAUUUACAGAUCCAUAUAUUUAUUGUUUCUGUUUAUAAGUAGAAUCUAAGCAAUUUACCAUUUUCAGUGGUCUAAAUAAUCUACAACUUUUUACCAGAACAGAAGAGGUGCAAAGAAAGAGUCGUUAGACUUGGUUUGUUAAAAAUGUAUUUUAUAAUAACUGUAUAUCAAUUUAUGGAACAUUAUAUUAAUAUAUGUGCAGUGACCUCCUUGUAUAGAGGAGCAACGUUAAGGUGUUAUGUGAUAAAAGGCACUAAGUUUGCCAGAGCAAUAACCCAUAGCUAGCAAUCAGCAGUAAAGAUUUACUGGUCACCUGUUUAAAAGCAAACAUCUUAUGGGUUACUGCUACUGGUCAAACCUAGUGCCUUUUAUAAAACAUGGAUGUUUGUAUCUCCGUCCCUUUAAAGGGGCAGUAUACACCUGAGUUCAACAAAUAGGGCUUGUACUGAACAUACCUUAUAUCUAGGGAAAUUUCUUGAGCUAAACAGGAUAUAUAAAGCUACUCCAUGUUUGGCCCUUUGUGAGGUAGAUAUUUAGAUUACAAGUAUACAACACUCAUGAUGCAUGAUGCAGUGCGAUUAUCUGUGCACUCGGUAUCUAAUUAUUACCUUGCAAGGGCCAAACAUGAUGUCGUUUUUGACCUUUUUAUCUUAAGAAAUAACAAAACGCAUAGAUUAAACAAUAGACAUAGUCAUUAAAACGAUAGGUGAAAACUAUGUAUGGCAAAAGCCCAUUCUUAUGUUUAAAAGGGGGAAUGUGGCCCCUAGGGGUGUUCCUAAGGGGGGUUCCCAUUCUAUUGUGGCAAAAGGAAGGAAAGAGGAUAUCCUUUCAAUCAAGAAUCUGCUUUACCUGAUAAACACAAGGAUUCGGCAACAGAACAGGGAAUCUACACAUUGAAUAUUGAACAUCAUUUGGACAUUUGACCUUUUUAAUAUUACUUGAAUAGCGAAUCCUGUUUUUACUCGGCUCUGAUCUCGUCCAUGCACUCAAUUGCCAUAAUAUUUUGUUAAAAAUCAACCAAAAGAAAUCGUAUCAGUAUACCACUACGUUUUGUUAAUUUGUGAUAGGGAUGGAACAUUAAUAUUAUUGAUGGUCAAUUAUAGCCAAACAGCUAUAUUGUGUUACUGUAUUGGCCCCUUUCAAAGUAGGAGAAGAAUCAGGGGAUUCCUAUAAUGCAGUCAAUAAAAACAUGAAACUGUUUGCUAAAAGUUUCAUCCAUAUCUACACCAUGCGCAAAACUAUACAUACAAUACAACUCUGACACCAUCUGAUAUAUAUUCUUACUAGAGGGAAAUUACCUCCAAGAAUAAAAUAGUCAAGAUAAAGUGACGCUUCCCUCUAACCUACUGAGAGCUUUUGUGAUAACUUUGUGUAAAUGUUUCUUAAA